CCAAGUUCCUAACCACAAGUCCUUAUAUUAUAUCAAUCAGCUGCUUCCAUUGAUUCCUAUUCCAAGCUUAGCCACUGCCAUUGCUACCACCAUGGCCUCCACCGACCCGAAACCUGAACUCAGCAAGAUGACUACUGAGUCGAGGCCUGUCAGGCCGACGACGCCGAUCAACUUCCUCCAAGCUGACCUAGCCCUUAGGUUCUUAUUGUUCUCUACGACGCUGGUAUCUCUUGUUCUCAUGGUCACAAGCAAGCAAACUAAGCUUGUGAAUGUUCCACUCUAUCCAAUUCCUGUGAUCAUGCAUGCAAAAUUUAACUACUCACCUGCCCUCAUAUAUUUUGUCGCGGCGAUUUCUUUGGCUUUAUUGCAUAGUGUGCUGACAGGGCUUGUAUCUGCCCUUUCGAUCUAUAAACCAGCACCAGCAACUAAGUUGUUGUUAGUUUUAGCCUUCUUGGAUUCGUUAAUCCCUGGGGGUGGUCGCUUCAGCUACCGGAGCAGUGGCCUCUAUUGCAUACAUUGGAUUGAAGGGAAACUCUCAUAUUGAUUGCAUUAAAGUAUGUAAUAUCUAUGAUAAAUUUUUGCCGAUAUGUUGGAAGCUCAGUUAUUAUCUCUCUGGUGGCCUCAAUUAUCCUAGUAUUACUUGUAAUGAUUUCUACAUACUCCCUUUACCAUCGAAGCAAAUAGCUUCAUUGAAAUUAGUUCUAAUUAUUGAUCUCUAAUGGGAUAGUUAUGUGUUCAAACAGAAAAUGUACCUUUAAAUAUACUUAUAUGUAUAUUGUAGUGAAUGAGCAUUUGAAGUCAAGAAAUUAAAAAUAAUAUCGGUAUUUCUUACCUAUA